ACACACACAUCUCAAACAAGAGGCAGUGCUGACAGAGAGGGAAAGAAAGGCAGGCAGAGGGGCAGAGGAGAGUCGUGAGAGACACUAAGCUGGAUUCACCUUUGACUGAAUGAAAACUUUUUAGGGAAGACAGGAGGGAUCAGUCUGAGGACAUUAGUUUUAAAAAGUCUGAAUUGACCUUUGAUCCAGUGGAUAAACAGAGAUUUCUGGACAUCAUGGAUGGAGAAUCAGCCACCCAGGAGAAACCUGAAUCCACAGAGAUGACCAGUGAGACUGACACCAACAACAACAACAACCAGAGUGAUGAGCCAGAGCUGGGGGAGAGUAAAGACCCAGAGAGCAAGACUCCAACAGAGGAGACAGCAGGAGGUCAGGGGGUAAAGGAGGAGGAAGAGGAGGGUUCGGUACCAGAACAAGGAGGUGACGAAGAGGCGAGCACUGGAGACACUGAUGAGCCCCAGACUACUGCGUCAGAGCAUGCUGAAGGUGACGCUGAAGAAGCCGGACACAAUAAAGAUAAAGUCUCUGCAGAUGUUGACGUGAAAGAUCCUGAAACAACGAGUGGGCCAAAAGAUGGGGAGGGAAAGAGAGAGAAGGACAUGGAGGGUGAGAAGGUAGAAGAAGUGAAGAGUUGUGAGACUGGGAGAGAUGGAGAGGAGAUGAAGGAGAAAGAGAAAGAGAAGAGUAAAACAGAGGAAAAGGCAAAAGAAGUAGAAAAGGAUGUGAAUGAAAAUGCAGCAAAAGCAGCAGAGAAGACCAAAAAAGUCAAGGAAAUGGACGCAGAGACGAAAGACAAAGGAAAGAUGAAGGAGGCAGAAAAGCAAGGGAAACCUAAAAGAAAGAGUGGUCCUCCUUCCUCUUCUCUCUCUCGACCGAGACCCUCUGCACGCUCCAUUAGAGCAGCCGCUAAAAACGACAUCAUUGCCAAGUUUCAACAAGGUGCACCAGAGACACCAAUACCCCGCAACUUCAAGAUUCAGAAGUCAUCUACAGCUUUGGCUACAGGAGCUUCAAUCAAACAGAAGAUGCUUCAGUGGUGUCGCAGCAAGACUCGCAAUUAUGAGGGUGUCAACAUAGAAAACUUCUCAUCAUCCUGGUGUGAUGGGCUGGCCUUCUGUGCCCUGAUUCAUCGUUUCUUUCCUGAUGCUUUUGACUACAGCUCCUUAAAUGCAAAGGAGAGGGAGAAAAACUUCACCCUGGCUUUCCAAACAGCAGAGUCCCUGGCUGACUGCUGCCCUCUGCUGGAAGUGGGUGACAUGCUCAUGAUGGGUAACAACCCGGACCCAAUGUGUGUGUUCACAUAUGUCCAGUCCCUCUGCCACAGUCUCUCCAAAAUAGAGAAAGCGAGGAAGGACAAAGAAAAUGAGAAGAAAGACAAGGCUGGUGAUGAGGGAGAAGAAAAAGAGACGGGAGAAGCUGUGGCAGAGGAGGAGGUGUCCCAGGAGAAGGAUGAGGGAGAGUCUGCAGAGAAUGGAACGAUGGAGAGCCGAGAGGAGAAACUGGGAAAUGUUACAGAGACAGAGGGAACUGUAGAGGAGGAAAACGCACCAAACAGCUGUGAAAUGGAAACAGAUGAAGGAGUGUUAGUCGAGGCAGAGUCCUAGAAAAAAUCCUGACAACAAA